AUGGUCCUGAUGUGCGGAUCAGCAACGGAGGACGCACUUGUCGAGUUCAUCAAGGAGCACGCCGCGACCAUCUCACUCUUCCGCGUGACGACCACCAUCCCCGUCCUCCAGCGCGUCCGGCACCUCCUUGGCCGGAACGGCGACGCGGCGGUCGGCGCCGCAAUCAUCUUCCGUGAUCCGAUCGGCGCGUCGGGGGCGGCGUGUGACUGCGACGCCCUUCUCCGGCUGAUCAACGUGCACAACAUUGUCAAUGCCACGAACCCUACCACCGCGGCCAUGCUGAUCAAUGUUUUUGCAGACGCAGUCAGCUCGGACGACGGUAAGAAGAUCCUGCCCUCCUUCUACACCAGCCUCGAGUCACCCGCCGUCGCAGCCUACAAGGCGAAGCAGAAUGCUGUCAUCGCGUCGCACGGCGGAAAGGUGACAGACAAGCCACCGCCUAACGCCGCUCCGAGUAUGGCGAGGCUCAGUUCCGCAAAUCCCGAGUUUGCGCCAUGGGACUCGCUGCGGUCGGCACUACUGAAGGGCCGCGAGGGCCUAGCAGAUGUGAUCGCGGAGCAGGACGCAAAACCUGCCGAGGUGCCGCUCUCCCUCCUGCCCUUUCCACAUGAGCUCUGA